GGCCUUACCCCCAAGAGCCCUGCGUGGGUCGGCGCAUGGUGGCUCGGUUCCCUGGUGACCGCUGCCAUGGGCCUCACCCUCGGCGUGAUGGCCUGCUCGUUCCCGAAGUACCUGCCCGGCUACGACGCGGCACGUGCCGAAAAGAGAAAUGACCAAACGGCCGUCUCGGUCAUCAGCAUGAUGCCGACGAGCGAGUUCGGCCAACGCAUCACCGACAUGCCCAAGGCGAUACGCCGGCUCCUGACCAACGUGCCCUUCCUGUUUCUCUGCGGCUCAUUUUCGUUCAGCCAAAUGUUCAGCACGGGCCUUACCGCAAUGUUGACGAAGUUCUUCGAGUCGCAGCUGGGUCUGCCGUCUGCCAGGAUUGCCUACAUGGUCGGGCCCAUCGUGCUCGUCGGUGGAGGUUUCGGCGCCAUCAUCGGUGGAGCGCUAGUGAGCCGCUGGAACCUGGACUACGAGGGCAUCAUGCGCCUCUGCAUGUACAACUGCUGCUUCUCCUGGUUCGGCGUGCUCAUCUUCACGUUCAGCUGCCCACAGGGCAUUUACGCCACGCCGGAUGGUUUUGUAGGCGAAGUAGUGACGUCGAGCUUCAGUUGGCAUUGCAACGCCGACUGCAACUGCACGGCCAGCCUCUUGAACCCGAUAUGCGGCGCUGAUGGCGUGGUCUACCUGUCUCCUUGCUUGGCGGGCUGUCACAGGGAUCUUCAGGUCAAAGACCUUAAGAUGUACAGCGGCUGCACGUGCAUCAACGGCACGAUGAGCGAAGUUCCCGGUGUGAGCUCCGACCGGCUGCUUCUGGAGCCGUGCAAGCGACGCGUUCGCGAUGCCCAACCGACUGCGCUCUGCUCUUCCCGUUCCUGGCUGGCGUCUUCCUGUCGCUCAGCGCGUGCUUCCUCAACGCUGCUCCGUCCACGGCGGCAUCAAUCAGGUGCGUAAAGCCCGCUCAGCGGUCGCUGGCGCUCGGCAUCAGGCAGGUCAUCGGACGCCUUGUGGGGUCCAUCCCGGCACCAGUGAUCUUCGGUGGCAUACUGGACCAAACGUGCUUGUCCUGGCAUC